AUGGAAUCAGUUAGUGUAAGCGGGACUCCGUAUGGGGACUGCCCGCGAAAGCACCAAAACCCCUACCUAGAACUCUCACCGUCAACCAAAAUACCGCUUGAAAAUAUCAAGAACAGGAAAGAACCAUUUGGUGAGACUGGUCAUAGUUACGUCGUGAGCAGUUCGGCUUCAGAGGGUACAGAGGGCAUAGAUCGGGCACGGUUCUGGAUCGUGCUCGCCGCUUUUCUCUGGACUUCUACUUGGGGGAUAGCAAAUAUCCAUACGAAUCAGGUCAUCCAUCGGAUCAUGACCAUCAUCGACAUGAACGAAGAAGCAAUGAAUACCAUCACACAUCUGCCAGAUUGCGUACCCGGGAAGCUCGGCACAAUCACCAAGGCCAGAGGUAGAUCGUCACAAGAGACGGACCCAGACUACAGAACAUCGCCGGGAGGACAGUCACGGCAACGAAUGAACGAGCAUGCCCAACGAACCGACCACGGUACUGCCCGUCGCCAGAGCUCCAAAGCCAGGGAGGUCGAAACUAUAUCAAGACGCCCUGAUCAUAGAUCAAGAGCGGUGGAGCCAGGACGAAGAAGCCGAAGACAGCAGGCGGAAGCUAAGGAAAUGAAAGAGCUGUCUGCAUUCUUUACGGGGAGAGCUGACGGUGAAAAAGCGGAAGCUGAGAAAAUACACUACCGACCUCAUCGAGAACAACGAUACGACACUGCUACUGCUAGACAUCCGGCUUCAGAUAUCCGCCAGCAACGAACACAUGAUUCACCCAGCCCUUCGCUUCUUCCAAGUAGAAGCACUGGCUCUACCAGACAGCCUUCGCCUGCUUCUCUCCGGCCAGACUCUCUUUUCUCUUCGCGUGGUGAUGAUUCAAUACUUGGAUCCGGCGCCAGUGUCCAACGUUUCCAUUUCAGAGAAACCCCGGAAGAGCAUUCAAAGUUCUGCUCGGAAGCUUGUCCUGCAGGAGCGGGAAAUAAAGGGCCCACAUGUGGUUUCGGAGGAUUUCAAGAUUAG